AUGAGUAGCGACGGCACCGUGGCCCCACCCUCCUCCUCCACCUCGACGCAUCUGCUGGGAUCAGUGUGGCCAGCGAUUCAGCAGUGGCUGGCCUUCUUCCGGGGCCUGACGCUGGCGGCGGGGUCGGCAGCCAGCUGCGCCGUGGCCGCCGCCGGCCUCGCCCUGCUGCUCUUCCUGGCAGUCACCCUCAGCUUCACGCCCGCCAGCGACACCUUCUCCCGCCGCCUGGACAUGGACUUUGCGGCGGCAGACCUGGUGGCCGAGGCGGUGUUUUUGCCGCAGCCGUGCCCCUCUUGUGACGGCGGCGCCACCCUGCGUGCCAUCCCCCGCAGGUUCCUGGCGCCCCAGCAGGGCGUGGAUGUGUGGGUGGAGCUGGAGGUGCCGCAGGACACGGGGCAGGGCGUGGCGCAGGUGGUGGCCCAGCUGACUAGCUUGGACGGCCGCCCAGCCGCCAAGGCCAGCCGUGCGCUCAUGCUGCAGUCCAGCUCGUGGAGGCUGAGGUCGCUGGCGCUGGCGCCGCUGCGCUGGGUGGGACUGGGCGGCGACGUGCGCAUGGUGCGCCUGCCGCUGUUCACCAACUACCGUGAGAAGCGGGAGGUGCCCUUCAUGGUGGCGCGCCUGGCCAUCAAGACCCGCAACCCAGCCUGGGCGGCAGAGGUGGUGUCGGCCACGCUCAAGGUACAGCUGCGCCUGGGCCUCAUCCGCCGCCUGCUCUACACCCUGCGCCCCAGCCCCCUGGCCCUGCUGCUGCUGGGGGGCUCGGCGCUGGCUGCCUUCCUGGGCGGCGGCGCCGCGGCGCUCGUCUUCCUGGGCCUGCUGGUGUAUGCCGGGUUUGGUGGCGGCGGGGAGGCGGCCGCAGUGCGGGAUGAGCUGAGCAGCAACAUGUCGGCGGAUGUGGAGGUCAGCAGCGCCAGCGAUGUCAGCGAGGCCAGCAGCAGCAUGCUGAGGGAGCUGGAGGACCAUGGGGAGCCGCCCUCGCCGCGCCAGCACCCGGGCAUGCCCACAUCGGCGGCAGCAGGGGCACAGGCAGCCCUGGGGCCGCCAUCCGCAGCCGGCACCAGCGCAACAGUGGCUGGCGCCCCGCGCCGCAAGGCGGGGCCCGCAGACAGCGCCAUGGGCAGCGAUGCGGGGGCGGCAGCAGGAAGAAGCGGCUUGCUCCGACGCCGUGGCAGGCCGUAG